GUCGCGGGCUGCGCCGGGUCGUGACGUCAUCUCCCCGCGCCGAAGUCUUGUGCGGAGCGUCGGAGGCCAAGCCGCGUGGGUAGCACGGUGGAUCGCAGCCGAGCGAUGGCACUCUUCAGGAUUGCUAGAUAUGAGGAACAAGAAAAGGUGACUAGUAGCGAGGACCGGGCCCAGCUGCUCCUGCAGAAGCUUCAGUUUCGUGCCCGGGAGCGACAGCUGAAGAAGCAAAAGCAGGAGGCUGAGGCUGAGACCAGCUCCCUUGGGGACAAGGCCCCAGGACCUCCUGGGCCUGCAAAGUCUAGGCCAAGUUCUCCAGCCCCAGCAGAACCUGAAAGAAAAGCCAGGAAGAGGAAACGAGGCGAUGGCAGCCCUAGCAGGCUAGAAAAGUCCGAAUCAGAGGCUGACCCUGAGUCUAGCCAGAAAGAGACCAGCAGCCCCAAGAAACCAAAGGGAAAGAAGAAAAAGAAGACACAGAAUAAGAAUCCAGAAGCUGCAGGAGAGCAGGGGAAAAAGGGGGACUCGGCAGAGGAGCACCCACAGAGUGCGCUCAUCCUGGGAGCGACGGCCAAGAAGGCUCUUCCAAAGGUCCAGCCCUUCCUACCCAAAUGGCUUGCUGAACCCAGCCACGUCCAGAAGAGUGUCAAAGAUGACCUCGUCCCAAUCCAGGAUAUCCCUCAAAUCCAUCCUUGCCUCCAAAAGAAAUUAAAGGCCAACGGCAUCUCGUCCUAUUUUCCAGUUCAGGCAGCAGUGAUCCCUGCCCUUCUGGAGAGCGCAUCCCAUGGAUUCCUGGUGGGGAGGGGUGGCUAUCAGCCCAGUGAUAUCUGUGUGUCUGCCCCAACAGGCAGUGGGAAAACACUGGCCUUUGUUAUCCCUGUGAUCCAGAUCCUUUUGGAGCGGGUAGUGUGUCAUAUACGGGCCCUGGUGGUGCUGCCAACAAAGGAGCUGGCCCAGCAGGUGAGCAAAGUGUUCAAUGUAUAUGCUGACGGCACAGCUCUGCGCAUCGCCCAAAUCACAGGGCAGAAAUCCCUAGCCAAGGAACAGGAGAUCCUGGUGCAGAAGACGGUCUCUGGGUACUGCAGCCUGGCCGACAUCGUCGUGGCCACCCCCGGUCGGCUGGUGGACCACAUUGAUCAGACACCAGGAUUUAGUCUCAGGCAGUUGCGUUUUCUGAUCAUUGAUGAAGCUGACCGAAUGAUUGACAGCAUGCACCAGUCCUGGCUGCCACGGGUGGUGAAAGCAGUUUUCCAUGGUGAUGGUGCCCCAGGCUUCAGCCCACUCUUCCAGAGGGUAGAACCUCGAGCUAUAACUGCUGCCAGCACAAGCCAGCCCCAGAUGCCUCUCCAGAAGCUGCUCUUCUCAGCCACGCUCACUCGGAAUCCUGAGAAGCUGCAGGAACUGGGUCUCUACCAGCCCCGGCUCUUCUCCACUGGCCUGGAGGGCCAAGGAUCCUCGGCCCAGCCAGGGACUGAGCAGGACACAGAGGGGAAGUACGCCUUCCCUGCAGGGCUCUCGCAUUACUAUGUGCCCUGCAGCCUCAACUCCAAGCCACUGGCCAUCCUGCACUUGAUGCAUAACAUGAAAUUCUCCCGGGUUCUGUGCUUCACCAACUCCCGGGAGCACUCUCACAGGUUGUUCUUGCUGGUCAAGGCCUUUGGGGGUAUCCCUGUGGCUGAAUUCUCCUCCAGAUUCGGACCUGGCCAGAGGAAGAUGAUCCUGAAGCAGUUCGAACAGGGCAAGAUUCAACUGCUGAUCAGCACAGAUGCCACUGCUCGAGGCAUUGACGUGAAAGGAGUGAAACUUGUUAUCAACUACGACGCCCCCCAGUACAUCAGGACCUAUGUGCAUCGAGUAGGCAGAACGGCCAGAGCUGGGAAUACAGGGCUGGCGUUCACUCUGCUCCUGAAAGUACAGGAGCAGAAGUUCCUUCAGAUGCUAAGAGAGGCAAAAGCUCCAGAGCUGGGGAAACAUCUCAUCCGGAAUGAACAGCUGAAGUCCCUUGUGCCUCAGUACGAGGAAGCACUGUCCGAGCUCCAGAAAACCAUCCGGAAUGAAUGGAAGCAAAAGAAGGCUUGAGUCUGACAAGGGAUUGAUGGCAUGUGCCAGCUUAAGCCCAACGAGGCUUGUGGGGCAAGAUAAAGAGCUGCCAAUCCACUGAGCCUUGGGGACUGGUAUGACCCCACUGCCAUACACAUAUGUGGUCUAAGGACUUGAACGCUGUCUAGAAAUGCCUCCUGAAAAUGAGCCACUGAGCCCAAAAGUUGCUGGACCACCAAUCAUGGCAGGGACUGGGCAUAAGACUUUAAUUUAAAAAAGAAAA